AUGUACAGAUUAUGGAGGAGUCUAUCCAUAAGUGGGGCGGCGAAAGAUGUGGAGGUUGGUCUGGGCGGCUCAUGCGGUUCCGCUUCCGCAGCUCAUGAUGGUGAUGCAACUGUUCCACACGAUUUGGAGACCGGUAUAAUAGGUGGAGAUUAUGUGGCCGCAGCUGACGAUCGCCGGAGCUCUUGGUGGGUGCGUGCUAUUUCUUCCACGUGGAGGAUGAUGUCGACGGGGAGCAGAGCAAGUAGUGAUCAAGUAAGCGAAGCAGAAGCAGCAAACGUAGUACCUGCAACAACUUCAACCUCUGGAGGCUUUGCGAUUGGAUUCAACGAACUCAGUCAAGUAGUCAGAGAUCGCAAUCUUCAAUAUUUGAAUCAUAAUAACGGGGUUCGAGAAUUAUCAACUCGGCUGAAGACUGACCUGGAAAAGGGCAUAGAUCGGCGCGACGAUGAGAUACUGCAACGUCGGGAAGCAUUUGGGUCAAACAUAUAUCCUUGCCAAAGCGGAAAGCGUUUCUGGAGCUUUAUCUGGAAAGCUAGCCAAUUUCCUCCUUCUCUAUUUAUGAUGCUUGCCACUGUAAUCAAUUCGCUGCUGCGAAUAAAGAAAAAGGCUAUCCACGAUGGAUGGUAUGUAGAAGCUUGCAUCAUUUUGGCCACUGUUCUUGAUAUUAUUGUGAGAGCUAUCACUGAGUACAGGCAGUCUUGUCAGUCUGCAAAAUUCAGGGAGGAGAAAAGAUACGUACGCGUAGAGGUAAUUAGAGGUGGCAGAAGAGUCUCGGUUUUUACUUACGAUGUUGUUGUGGGCGAUAUUGUUCCCCUCAAGAAUGGUUAUCAGGUUCCUGCAGAUGGUGUCCUGUUCGUUGAGAAUUCAUUGAAGAUUGACGAGCAAGAAAUAACUGGCUCACACGGAUAUGUUCGAAAAAAUCUUCUAAAGGACCCAUUCCUAUUAUCUGGCUCAAAAGUGAUAGAGGGCAUAGGUACAAUGCUGGUUACAAGUGUGGGAAUAAACACUAAAUUGGGGUCGAAGAUGGAGACUCCACAUGAGAGUGAUGAAGAAAAGCCCUUUCAGGUAUACUUGAGAUGGCUUGCAAAUUCUGCUAGCUGCUUAGUGGUUUCGUUCGCUUCAAUCGCCUGUAUUGUUCAGUUAUGCCGAUACUCUUAUGGUCAGAGCAGAAAUUCAGAUGAAGCAACAGAAUUUGUGAUCAAAUCUCUGAGUUUUGGGAAUGCGACAGUAUUUGUGGCACUGCCUGUUGGACUUUCUGUAGCUGUUCUCUUGAACGUUGCGGAUACAACGAAAAAAAUGAAGACAGACAACGCUUUGGUGCAGACACUCUCUUCUUGUGAAACAAUGGGCUCUUUCCUGCUUCCUCUUUAUCUUCCUGAGUACCCAUUUAAGCAUUCAUUUUCUGCUAAGCAGAUGUCGGUGGUUGAUGUUUGCGCUGGAGGUAUAAGAAUGCAGGAUAUGGAUGAUGUUUCACAGCUGCCCCCACUGCUUAAAGAGCUAUUAAUAGAAGGCAUUGCCCAAAACACAAAUGGUAGUGUUGUUUUUGAAACGGGAGUGGUUGAACCAGAGGUUUAUGGAUCACAAACAGAACAAGCCAUUCUUAUCUGGGGGAAUAAGUUGGGAAUGAAGUUUGAAGAUGCUAGGUCAGCAUCAGUAGUCCAUCAUACUAUACCUUUCAAUCCAAACAAGAAAUAUGGAGGCGUAGAACUAAAGCUUGGUACACGAUCCCACGUUCAUUGGAAAGGAUCUGCGAAAGUUAUUCUGAGUUCAUGCGUAUCAUAUGUGGAUGGGGCCGACAACCUCAGAGAUAUUGAUGAUCAGCAGCGAAAGGUAUUUGAAGAAAGAAUUGAAAACAUGUGUAAGGGACGCAUGCGUUGUGCUGCACUUGCUUAUCGACGCUAUGAACCGGAAAGUCUUCCAACCAUUGAGGAACUUUCUAGACUACCUCAGAACCUUGUUUUGUUGGCUAUUAUUGGUAUAAAGGAUCCUUGCCGGCCAGGCACAAGGGAUGCGAUCCAACUGUGUAAUUCCGCAGGUGUUAAGGUUUGCAUGGUGACGGACGAUGACGUUUUGACUGCACAAGCAAUAGCAAUGGACUGUGGGAUACUAGAGGUUACAUUAGGGAUUGAUGAUGUAAGGACAGGAGCUCAAUUUCGGGAGCUUUCCGAUGAAGAAAGAGAUCAGAUUGCCGAAAACAUCUUAGUUCUUGCUCAAGCCACUCCCAGCGACAACCUUCUGCUUGUCAAAGCUCUGAAGAAAACAGGGCAUGUAGUUGCAGCCACGGGGAUGGGAAUACAUGAUACAAUGACACUACGUGAGGCGGAUGUUGGCCUUGCAAUGGGAAUUGGAGGGACAGCAGCAGCAAAAGAGAGCUCCGAUAUCAUUAUAUUGGAUGACAGUUUUGUCACGAUUCUCAAGGUUAUUCAAUGGUGUCGAUCUCUAUACACCAAUAUCCAGAGAUACGUCUUAUUCCGGCUCACUGUCACUGUAUCAACCGUGGCUAUCUGUGUGGUUGAGGUUGUGGUUUAUGAUGCAUUUCCACUUUUCGCCGUCCAGCUUCUGUUGCUAAAUCUUAUUGUCGACAUCUUUGGAGCAUUAGCGUUGGCAUACAGACCAACACCUCAGCACCUAAUGGGAAAGCCACCAGUUGGUAUAAGAGACGAUCUUAUAACCACGACGAUGUGGUGCAAGUUGGUGAUACAGGUGAUUUACCUAGUGCUGAUUCUGGCGCUCAUAAAUUCUGACACGUUACUGAAGUUGAAGCAUGGGAAUACGGGUGAUGCUGAAAAAGUGAAGAACACAUUUAUAUUCAAUUCCUUGGUCUUCUGCUUGGUUUUUGGUGAGUUUGAGAUCAGAAGUGGAGACCAAACCUUGAAAGAAAUCCUUAGAGACAAUAUGUUUCUCAUUACAAUAGGCUCAACUAUUUUAUUUCAGAUAAUCGUAACACAGUUCCUGGGGAUUUUCAUAUCUGGCGUUAGGCUUGACUUCAAAAAUUGGGUCUUGGCAAUUCUUGUGGGACUUGUCAGCCAAGCCGCCACUCACUUCCCUUUGCAAGCAUUUCAGUAUCUCCAAAACGUCAUUCUCGCAUUGGCUUUGACCGUGCCUUUCUUCGGCUAUAUCUUGAGCCUCACGGGAUCGUUGGUUAGUGUCACGAUCGCUGUCAUAUUACCGUCUGCUUUCUACUUGAAGAUUUGCUGGGACGGGAUGUCGAAGUUCAAGAGAGUCGCGAAUCUCGGGUGCGUUCUUGGAGUUUUGGGAUCGUUUGAUUCCUCCAAGUCGCUUGUCAAAGAGCUUGUUCGCGUUCAUGGAGCCAACCCUCCACUAGGACCACCACCAGUGUCAGCCGGAGAUCUGGAAACCCGACCCGAGGAAAACCGGGAAGGAUCCGGUGAUCUUGAUAUUCCUGUAGCCAUGCAUGUACGUAGAUGGUGCUGA